AUGCCGAACCCACUGGACAAAUGGCGUACCGACAUGAACGAUAAAAUGGAUCGCUGGGGCGAAGAACAUUUGCAUCUUCGGCCCAAGGGCUAUAAAUCGACCUACAAAGGUGGUUCAUCCUAUGAAGAACGCCUUGCGCAAAUGCGCAGCGGCGGAGGCGCUAUGGGGGCUGUGAGCCAACAAGAGCGCCCUCGUAUGGUCCCACCGCCGCCCUCGUCUGUUGCCGCGGGUAACUCCUCGUUCACACCUGUGCAUGCGACAAGCGCGGCGCCGUCUGCCACGCCUUCUUCUCAUACCUUCCCUACAGCUGCGAAUUCGACCCACAUCGAGUUCUCUCGUUUUACCGAUGCUGAUAAACACGCCUUCUUCGGAUUACUUGACGAGUAUUUCUUGAAGCGUUCUGGUGGCACCAUGUGCCUAGAUGAUCCUUUUGAUGAUACUAGUAUGAUUCUUGUUGGCCAUGGUCUUUGCUCCGUUGUUUACAAGGCUCCAUGGCCGCUUUCGUCAGCGCUGAUCCUAGAAGACGGAGGCGUCCCACAUUGGAUUUGCAUUAAGAAAGUCGAUUUGGAUGCUCAAAAUCAACCACACGAUGUGGAACGCGAGCUGCGUUUGCUUCAACGGCUUCGUCAUAAGCGCCUAGCACAGCUGCUUGCUGCUUUUACUGAUGCCCCAGAUGACUUUACCACUCUUUCUCACCUGGUUAUGCCGCUCUAUCCUUACAAGCUUACAGAUAUCCUCAACGAUCCUAUCUUGGUUCCUUCCGCCGAAACUCUCUUGGCUUCGUCUACAGCUCGCUCACCAUGGCAUGCUUUGUUCGAUGGCCAAACGUUUUCGUCGUUUGUAUCUUCCACAUUGGUACAACUAGCAGAUGUCGUGGCCUACUUGCACAGCGAACAAGUAGCGCACCGCGACAUCAAGCCGUCCAAUAUUAUGUUUGGUACAGAUGGCACAUUAAAGCUCAUUGAUUUGGGUGUGGCAUGGGAGCGAGGGCAAUAUGAAGUCCCGCCGUUUGGUCUUCAUCCCACGGAAGGUAGCUCCGAUUGUGCACGCAUCAGCGAUGUCGGCAGUGGUGCUUUCCGUGCUCCUGAGCUUCUCUUUGCUCCACAACGUGGAUACAACGCGUUCCAAGCUGAUAUUUGGUCCCUUGGUAUGGUCAUGGCCAGUUUCUUUUCGUCGCUGCAAGAAGUAUGUGAAGAAGAUGAUUUGCCUCGUAAUGAUUUCACUUCGUGGGAACGUUCACUUUUCCCUGAUCGACCAAGCCAUGAUGAGCUGCGGCGCUGGCGACCUAUCAAGUAUGAACGUGAUACCCUCUUCGACUCAUCGAACGGGGAUAUUGCUCUGGCAUGCGACUUUUUCAAGGUGCUGGGUCUUCCGGACAAUCUUUCUGCAUGGCCGGAAGCGGCUCAUUUCCAGCCCCCGUUGGAACAAUUCCCCUUCGUACAUCAUGCUGCGACAGAGACCAUAUGGAGCCGAUUGCCUUACUGGGCCUCCUUGGCUGAGAUAGAUGGUUCUGCUGCAGGACAGGCAUUGUAUCGAGUGGUCGAGCAAUGCCUUCCCUCCAUUCUGCAACUCUCAUCAAGUCAGCGCCCUUCUGCUCACCAAGUUGUGGAAGUUUUAACUUCGUCAUGA